CUUUCUUUCCCACCUUCCUCUCCCGUUCCCGAAGACGAAGCUCCCCUCUCCCGGGCUGCCGCCUCCCCGCUCCACAGCUCCCCCUGCCCCUCCACCCUCCACCGACGUCUCUGGCGUCUGGUCAGGCGGUCCGGUCACCACCACGACCACACCGCCGACCAGUUGCCGCGUUCGCGGAUCCUCACGCGGCCAGCCCACCCGGACCCGGAAACCCGCGCGCGCGCGUAUUAAUAACGGCCACCUCUCUCUCUCUCUCUCCCGCCCCGAAGCCCACGCACAGAUUCGUUCCACGCCCCCCUCUCCCCUCGCCCGCGCUCCCAGAUCUCGCACGCCUCCCGCAAGGGUAACUUUGAGCUAUGGGCACAGUUGUGGAUGCUCCAGCAGUUGUGGCUGAGGAGGUCGCAGUGAACACUUUGGGUGGCAAGAAAGUUACAGUUGUAUUCGUUCUAGGUGGCCCUGGAAGUGGAAAAGGCACACAGUGUGCCAACAUUGUGGAACACUUUGGAUUCACCCAUCUUAGUGCUGGUGAUCUUCUGCGUGCGGAGAUCAAAUCUGGCUCCGAGAAUGGAACCAUGAUUGAGAACAUGAUAAAGGAAGGAAAGAUUGUUCCAUCGGAGGUAACUAUAAAGCUGUUGCAGGAGGCAAUGAUAAAAAAUGAAAAUGACAAAUUUCUGAUCGACGGAUUUCCAAGGAACGAGGAGAAUCGUGCGGCAUUUGAGAAUGUUACCAAAAUUUCUCCUGCAUUUGUGCUAUUCUUUGACUGUUCCGAGGAAGAGAUGGAAAGACGUCUUUUGGGGCGCAACCAGGGGAGAGUUGAUGAUAACAUUGAGACUAUUAAGAAAAGGUUCAAAACUUUUGUGGAAUCAAGUCUGCCUGUCAUAGAGUAUUAUAACUCAAAGGACAAGGUUAAAAAGAUUGAUGCUGCAAAACCAAUUCCUGAAGUGUUUGAAGAUGUCAAAACCAUUUUUGCCCCAUAUGCACCCAAGGCUGAAUAGAUCAAUACAGGGGGCACCAUAAAGGUGAUACGUGGUGCCAUAGGCACCGCUCAAACAUAUUUGUGAUUAUGAACCCUUUAAUAUAGAAGAAAAGUUUUGGCUCAUAUGAGCUACCAGCAUAUCAGUAGGCAAUUCGAUUUGUUACCAGCAAUAAGUAGAUCUGAUUCCCAGCUGUCCUGCUAGAGUAACUUUUUAUUGUUGUCAGUGUACCCUUCGAUGUUGUACCAGUACCAAUGUGUAAUUUACUGCAUGGACGAUGAAAACCUUCUGCCUACCCACCAGCUAUCUGGUGGGCAUUAUGGAAAGUAAAACUGUCGUCAUAUUCUUUUACAAGCCAUUAUUCUUGUGGCCCUUCAAAUAUUACUUUAACAGCAUUUCGCUGAACUUUUGUUUGGUCAUUUUGUAACAUGAUGCCCUAGUAACAUUGCAUCUGAUGUGGAUUCUUCA